AUGGAUGUCCUGCCAGACAGUGAGAAGAGAAGAAAAGGUACCCGGGACACCGCAUCCUCCAACACAGUUCGGCGUCCAUUGCAGAAGGGCACUCACCAAUCAGAAAAGAAAGCCGAAGGGGUCUCGCCCACAGGCUGCAACUACUGGACGACGGAGCGCCAGGGCGAGGUGCGGCUGCGGCUGCACAAGGACUCGUCUGACAACGCGGAACCUCUCACCGUGCACGACAUGGUCAUGGACACGGCCAUCAAGUACGCCAACCACAUCGCGCUUGGCUCCAAGCACAGGAACCGGUGGCACCUGCUCACCUACAUCGAAUACUAUGAGGAGUGUCGGCGCGCCGCCAAGGCCUUCCUAAAGCUGGGCCUGGAACGCUUCCACGGUGUGGGGAUCAUGGGGCUCAACUCGGAAGAAUGGGUCAUCGCCAGCAUUGGGGCCAUUAUGGCAGGAGGCUUCUCUGUUGGCAUCUUGUCCACCAACACUCCAAAAGCCUGCCAGUUAAUCGCUGAAAACUCGGAGAUGAACAUCUUUGUGGUAGACAAUGACAGGCAGCUGCAGAAAGUCAUCCAGAUCCAGGGCAGCUUGAAGCAUCUCAAGGCCAUCAUCCAGUACAAGGAGGUGAUCCGGACUGAGCAGAAGAACCUGUAUUCCUGGAGAGAGUUUCUGGACCUGGCAAAAGGCAUCUCUGAUGACAAACUGGACCAGGUCAUUGAUUCCCAAAAGCCCAACCAGUGCUGCACCUUGGUCUACAGCCUGGAGGCCACGGGCCCCCCCAAGGCCAUGAUGCUGAGCCAUGACAAUAUCACCUGGACCACGGCAGCUGCUGUCCAGAGCCUUUGCUAUAAGUACCCCGCAGAGAAGCAGGAGGUCCUCCUGAGCUACCUCCCACUCAGCUACGUCGGGGCCCAGAUCUUCGACAUGUGGGUCGCCAUCUCAGUGGCCGGAGCGCUCUACUUUGCCCAGCCAGAAGCUCUGAGAGGCUCCCUGUGGGACACACUGCGAGAGGUGAGGCCCACCACAUUUUGCGGUGUCCCCUGGGUCUGGGACAGGAUGCUGGACAUCCUGAAGACCAGACAGCUGGACUCGACUGCGUUCCGGAGGAAGAUUGACAACUGGGCCAUGGAGCUGGGGCUCAGGACCAACAGGAAGCGGAUGUUUGAGCCGAUCCAUCCUCCACUGUGCUACCGCCUAGCCAAGAAGGUGAUCUUCAACCCAGCCAGGAAGUUCCUGGGCCUGCACCAUUGCCACCAGUUCUUCAACAUGGGUGGUGGGCUCCCCAGGGCCACCCUGGACUUCUUCCUCAGCCUCAACAUACCCAUCUUUGAGCUCUAUGGCUUGACCGAGUGCACGGGCAUCCACACGCUCUCCAGGCACCAGGACUUCCGCCUGCUAAGCUGUGGGAAGGAGCUCCCCAACACCCAAACCAAGGUGGAGGGUGAAGAUGAGGAGGGCAUCGGGAACAUCCACAUUUGGGGCCGGAACGUCUUCAUGGGGUAUCUCAAUGACAAGGAGAACACCCAGCGGAAGAUGGACUGUCAUGGCUGGAUGCACACAGGGGACCUGGGCUUUUUGGACAUUGACAGAUUCCUCUACAUCAUGGGUAACAUCAAGGAUAUCAUCACCCUCAGUUCGGGCGAGAAGAUCAACCCGAACCCCAUCGAGGAGCGCGUGAGGAUGUACCUCCCCAUUGUCCGCUACGUCCUGGUCGUGGGCCAAGAUGCUCCAUACCUGUGCGCUCUCCUCACGGUGAAGUGCCAGAUCAACCCAGAGACGGGAGAGUCUCGGAACGCGCUGACCAGCGAGGCCGUGGCUUUCUGCCAGCAUCUGAAGAGCCACUCCACCAGGCUGACCGACAUCAUCUACGACCGCGACCCAGUCAUCACAGACUUCAUCAGUCAGAGGAUUGACGCUGUGAACGCAGAAGCCACUUCGGAGAGUGCUAAGAUUAUCAAGUGGGCCAUCCUUGACACAGACUUCUCCGUGGGUGGCGGCGAGCUUGGGGCUACCACCAGACUGAAGAGGGCGACAGUGGCCAAGAUAUACCAAGCUGAGAUUGAAGGUUUCUACAAGGAGGAUAAGGAUUAA